AGCUAGGGUUACCACUUUGUUGAAGAUGAAGAAAUUAAGGGACUGGAGCUUGAAGAAAAGUUGCUGCCCACCAUCGUCGUCCGCCGGCGAGCAGUGGUCCGCCGCAGUCUGCUUCCUACUCUGGUACGCGGCUUCAAUUUCAGUUGUCUCGGCCUAGAGCCGCGGCUCUCUUGGUGAUAUUUCCCCCCCUCGUUCAGCUGCGAUUGUUCUUCAAUUUAUAGCCGGAGGAUUGCUCAGUUGAUUUCUUCCCGUUGGCAAUUGAAUAACGAAAUUGAUGGAGAGACGUUACUUCCGAUUUGAAUCAGUUUGAAUGCUUCGCCGCUGAUUUUUUUCUUCUUCUUUCUCGCUUGCGCUGGAUGAAGUCGCACAUACCACUUUUUUUUCUUUGCCGUUGAAAUGAGAAUGAAAAUGCCUAAGUAUGCUAAAUUCUUUAAGGAGUUGUUAGCAAAUAAAAAGCCUCGAUCUGAUCCUAUGGUUGCCAGUCUGAGUGCUGAAUGUUCGGCAGUUCUCACAAAGAAUUUGCCAAAGAAACAAAAAGACCUAGGCAGUUUUACCAUUCCUUGUUCUAUAGAUAAUGUUGCUUUUAAUAAUGCCUUAGCUGACCUAGGAGCGAGCAUUAAUUUGAUGCCAUAUUAUGUUGCUCAAUUGCUAGGCAUAAAAGAACUCUUGCCUACUAGGAUGUGUAUUCAACUUGCUGAUAGUUCUGUUACUUAUCCUUUAGGCAUUGUAGAGGAUGUAUUAGUACAGUUUGGCACCUCUUCUGUUGAAGAUGGCCCACGAGAGGAAGGUAUUAUAAGCAUGGCCAAUUCAACAGAAGAGAAAUAUGUUGAGUUGAUGGAGUUGUGUGAUAAGGUUUUACAGGAAGAAGAGAAUGCAGAGCAGGUUUUGGGUGUUCAGGCAGAAGAAGAUGAAGAAGAAGAAGAGAGUGAACCUGCGCCUACUCCUGAACUAAAACCCUUACCCUCCCACUUGGAAUAUGCAUUCUUAGAUGAAGAAGAGAAAUGCCUAGUCAUUAUUGCGUCUGACCUAACCAAGGAGCAAAAAGAGUCUGGCGUUGUUCGUGUGUCAAAGUUGGAGACCGGACGCUUGAACGGUUACGUUUGCACUUUCAACGCUCUUCCUACGACUUCUUCGUUUUAACCGCUUACGGAGAAAGGUAUAAAUUUCUUACUACUAUAUGUUUUAGUACGUGAUUCUGGGCAAGAUAAUCAUGUUAGGAUGUUAAAAUUUUUAUAUUCCGCUGCCUAUCCUUGCAUGGUUACCUUUCAGUGGUAUCGGAGCCAACGUACAAAACUAUAGUUUU